CCGGAAGUUGGCGUUGCGUGAAAUAUCAAGUGGUUGGCAGUAUCUAGUUUCAAACCUACCCGUGACCGGAUUCUAAAGAAUACAACAUGGCAGAGGCUGAUUUGGAAAGGAAGGCAAUAGAGGAGCUUCUCAAUGAGGCAGAGCGUGGAAAGACUCGAGUUGAGACCAUGGGACCAAUGGGAUGGAUGAAGUGUCCUGUAGCCCCUACCAACAAACGAUUCCUGAUGAACACUAUACGGAACACGUUGCCGCAAAAGGGGAAAAAAGACCUUAAGGAAAAUGACAAGAAGAAAACAGAUGAUUAUAGCAAAGAGAAAACUCGUUCUUCAAGAAAGGGCAGAACACACCCAUAUAGAAGUGACCGCUCAGAAAAGGAAAAAAGGCUAUAAUAUGCAUGUACAUGCAAGAAUUAUAUGCUGAAUUAGGGGAAUUGAACCAUGAUUUGGAGCAGCCAAUCCGGAGGAGAAGGUUGGGUUUUAACACCAGGUGCUGAUGCCAGAUUGAUGGAGUGCAGAGCUGAGAUGCAGGAAGGGUGGAUAGGCUGCGGCUGCAAGUCUUUCCCAGUGAUUCUCUAAUUGUCCGCUAAAUCCCAGAGAAAGCGGAAACGCCCCUCAGUAUUCUAAACAUUACUCACUUGGGUUUCACGUCGGCUCUGCUGACAGUGGGAGUUUGCCAGUAGUAGAAAUGCAUAGACUUCUAGCAGAAGCCAACCAGGACACAGACUGUACCCAGCAGGGCAGAAAUUUGUGAUGACAUAACGAGGCUUGCAGCACCCAUAGAUUUAGGAUUCAAGUCAUAGUACAUUUUUUUUUUUUUCUUUUCAAAAACAGAUUUAUUUGAAGCAUUAUUUCCUUUCAUUAUUGGAACUCAGACUAUCUUUCAUAUACCCCUCUUUAGCUAAAUUUCCUGACUUUCUAUACAAAUAUGCUUAAAGCAGGGCAACAAUGUCAGUUAUGCUUGUACCCUUUCAAUUUGCUUUUUGUGUGUGUGGUUUGGUUAUAAUGGCAGCCAGGCAAGCUAUUUAAGAACCAGGAUAAUGGUGGUUGUUUCCUUUGCAGCUCUGUGCAAAGCAGCAGUUAUAUUUUUCUAAUGUAUUAGUUUACAAAAUACUUAACGGCUGUUAUUUUUAGAUCAUGUCAAUGCUUUAAACAUUUUGGUACAAUGCACAUUUAAUAGCAGAUACCUUUCUUAUUAAACUAUAAUUUCACAGUAAUACCAUUGAAGAGAUUGUUCUCUCUUGCUUGUUAUCUUGCCAUGCCUGUUUGAUUUCCAUAUGUUUAGUAAACUUUUAUGCUGUUACGGAUUUUGAGAUAUAAAAAUAAGUUCCGCCAAAUGCUUAUUUAGUUAGUGAACUAUCUUUCCAAAAGUCAAUCUAAUAAAAAUGUUAUACACUGCA